CGCCUCAGAUUGAAUUUCAGCGCGGCGGCAGUCGGGUUUCGCUCCGGGAGAUCAGGUUUAGAAGGCACUCGCUGCCUCUCACGCCUCUCCCUCCCUCGGCGCUCCUCCUGCCCUUCACUGCCCCUCUGCCUCCGUCCCCACAGCCACACUUUGCGGGGAAGUUUUUCCCCGGCAGGCAGGGCUGCUCCACCAGCCACGGUGCGCCCAAAGAGUCGGAGCCAUGGAGCGACAUUAGGAGCCAAUCACCGAGGACAGAAAGACAGAAAGAGGACAGCGGGACAGCAGGACAACAAGGCAAGGGGAUUAAAAAACUGUGAGUGGAAGGGAACCCAGGACGACGUACAAGGGAGCCUGGGUGACACAGUGGAACCUCCUCCUAGAGAGCUUUUCUCCUCUGGAUGUUAUGGCUGAAAUGCUGAAUCCGGUGGGCCUGCUGACUAUGCCCCGGAGCCCCACCUCCAGUGAGGAUGAGAUGGCCCAGAGCUUUUCUGACUACUCCGACGACUGCGCCUCCGACAGCUCCCGUGAAGAGACCAUUUACGAGACCAUAAGGGCCACCGCCGAGCCAUCGCAGAACCGCAUGGACGACAUUCAUACAAACUCGUUGGUCAUCCGUGUCCUUAUCCCCGACCUGCAGCAGACGAAAUGCAUGCGCUUCAACCCGGAUGCGACGGUGUGGGUUGCCAAGCAGCGGAUCCUGUGUACGCUGAACCAGAGCCUAAAAGACGUGCUCAACUACGGGCUGUUCCAGCCAGCCAGCAAUGGGAGGGACGGCAAGUUCCUGGAUGAGGAGCGCAUCUUCAGAGAGUACCCCCAGCCAAUCAGCAAGGGGGUCCCAUCUUUGGAGUUCCGCUACAAAAGCAGAGUCUACAGGCAGCCCAAUGUGGACGAGAAACAGAUCGCCAAACUUCAUACAAAGGCCAAUCUGAGGAAGUUCAUGGACCUCAUCCAGCAUAAUCAGGUGGACAAAGUGUCGAAAAUGUUGGAGAGAGGCUUCGAUCCCAACUACCAUGACAGUGAGACUGGUGAGAGCCCGCUGACCUUUGCAGCUCACAUGGAGAAUGUGGUGGAGUUGAUCAAAGUGCUAAAGAACGGAGGAGCUCACCUGGACUUCAGAGCCAAAGACGGCAUGACUGCCCUCCACAAAGCUGCACGCUCCAAGAACCACAUCACACUCACGACCCUGCUGGAGUUGGGAGCUUCGCCUGACUACAAGGACAGCCGUGGUCUGACUCCUCUGUAUCACAGUGUGGUGGUGGGAGGAGACCCGGGCUGCUGCGAGCUCCUGCUGAACCACCACGCCUCCGUCUGCUGCCAGGACGAGAAUGGCUGGCAUGAAGUUCAUCAGGCUUGUCGUCAUGGCCAUGUGCAGCACCUGGAGCAUCUGCUGUUCUAUGGAGCAGACAUGAGCGCCCAGAAUGCCUCGGGAAACACCGCUCUACACAUCUGUGCCCUAUACAACCAGGAUAACUGUGCCAGAGUGCUGCUUGUUCGUGGAGCUGACAAAGAAGUGAAGAACUACAACAGCCAGAGUCCUUUUCAGGUCGCCAUUAUUGCUGGGAACUUUGAGCUUGCAGAACUUGUCAAGAACCACAAAGAGACAGAUAUAGUGCCUUUCCGUGAGGCUCCAGCCUACUCCAAACGCCGCCGGGGUCCGUCUACUGGCAACGGCAGCGGAAACGACCAGUCGCCCUCCUCGUUAUCAGCGCCACGGGUCCUCCUGCGCUCAAACAGCGACAACAACCUAACAGUCAGUCAGUACCAGCAGCAGCAGCACAGUUCUCCUGGCAACUGGGCCCCCCAUCUGCAGCAACACGCCCAGCCCCACCCACAAAGGGCCCCCCAGCAGGGUCACUCGCAGCCUGGCUCCUCAGCAUUACAUCGCAGCCUGUCACCCCAGCUGCUCCAGCAGAUGCCCAGCGGCAGCCCCAAUGGCAACGUGGUGGUCCGGACCAUGGGGAGGGGGGCAAGGAGCCGGUCACCCUCCCUCAGCCGGCUAGGGGAGGAGGCCCGUCGGGCUCAGCGCCAGCCCAGUCCCAGCAGUCAUGGUGAGGCAGUAGGCACCAGACGGAAGCUGUACAGUGCGGUCCCUGGGAGACAUUUUGUGGUGGUUCGUCCCUACACCGCCCAGGCCGAGGGAGAGAUCAAUCUCUACAAGAGUGACAGGGUCAAAGUUCUGAGCAUCGGAGAGGGGGGAUUCUGGGAGGGCAGUGCCCGCGGCCAGGUGGGCUGGUUUCCAGCCGACUGCGUGGAGGAAAUCCCGGCCAAGGCCACCGAGGAGAGGAGCUACUCCCGAGCGGACCGCACUGACAGACGGAAGCUCUUCAGACACUAUACUGUGGGCUCCUAUGACAGCUUUGAUGCCUCCAGUGACUGCGUGGUGGACGAGAAGACGGUGGUGCUCCAGAAGAAGGAGAAUGAGGGAUUUGGCUUCGUCCUGCGAGGGGCAAAAGCGGAUACGCCCAUUGAGGAGUUUACUCCCACACCCGCCUUCCCCGCCCUGCAGUACCUGGAGUCGGUUGAUGAGGGAGGAGUGGCAUGGCAGGCGGGGCUCAGGACGGGGGACUUCCUCAUCGAGCACCCUUUGCUGUGA